AUGAGUUAGACAGAAUAGCAAGAGUAUAAUUAUGAUGCAUAAUACUUGGAGAUCUUUGGAUGCAAUCAUACUACAAGACAGAUUCAUUCAGAAAAAUUGAUUUGUCAAUAAUGUGGCAUAUUUAUCAAUAAUGUAAUAGAGCUGUUUUAAAUUAAAGUCAACCACAAGAGUUUACAAAACAAUCAAAAUGAAGUACAACACCUUCUUCAAUCCCCCUUAAAGAUUUUGAGCAACAUCUUGGCACCAAUGACAAUCGCUAAACACUAAAUCGCUAGGUUGCCAAUAAUAGAUUUCCUGGAAUAAGCAUCUGAAAGAUUAAACCUAAGUACAAAUACUGCCUUUUUGGCUAUUACUUAUAUUGAUCACUUUUUCAAUAAAGGUAAUGUGAAUGAAAACUAGGUUUUCUUAUAUGCUGCUGCCGCUCUGAUGCUGGCAGCUAAAGCUUAGGAGCUCGAUGAGAGAAUCCCUUUCAUUAGUAAACUCAAACGCUAUUCAUCAAUGACCUCUCAUCCUGAAAUCAAUAACUUCACUACUUAAGAAUUUUGUAAUGCUGAAAAAGCCUUAAUUGAAUCCUUAAAUUGGAAAUUAUAGAGAAUUACACUCCUAGAUAGAAUAGAAUCGCUACUUUCCUUUGGAGUCAUUGAAUGA